UGUGUUCCUGACGUCUAGUCAAAAUGUUGCCUUGUAGAUGGCUUACUUGCUAAAAAUUACUUUGUAAACUUCUUGAUAAGUUUACUUGUCGUGUAUGAAUGUUAUUGGAAUGAAAUAUACAAAGGGAAUUCAAGAAAUGGUCUUAUUUUAAUUCUUCUUAAAGUCAUGUGACACAAAUUGACCAAUCAAAAUCUUCGAUUUCGUAGAGAAGGUAUAUAAGCAUUUCAUUUGACCGAGAUGGUCGUUCAUGAAUGAGAUGAAUAUAAAGAUGCCCUACUGAAUCAUGUGGAUAGAAUGGACCUGAAGAACCAUCCGACAUUGCAACAGGUUCAGCAGUACACAUCUAUCUGCAGUUCAGGGUACUUAAUAUAGAAAUCAAUUUGUUUUCUCAUCUUGCCAUGUUGUGACCGAAUGUGGCGUGGGAUGUGCGGGGAAUUCAGGUUUCCCGCAGGGAAAAGAACGUUCCUUGAUCCAGAUAUACUUUGAUGACUGGGACGACUAUGCAAGCAGAUAUGACAAGGGCUAGUGGCGACUCUGUGCAACAGAGUCCAGUUAUGCAGAAUUCCACAAAUGAAUAUAAUUUCCCCAGCGAUUCAGAGUCCCUCAAAAUGAAUGAGGACUCGGAUGGUAACGAUGAUGUUUCUCCAUCCCCCUCUUGUCCUACUGGUGAACAGUCAAAGCCAAGCGAUCGCCCUAAAGGACGCAAAACAAAUCAGCUCCAGUAUUUACAGAAAACAGUUCUUAAAGCUGUAUGGAAACAUCAGUAUGCCUGGCCUUUUCACAAGCCUGUUGACAUAAAAAUUCUUAAUUUGCCAGAUUAUUAUGACAUAAUUAAGCAACCAAUGGAUUUGGGAACAAUAAAAGAAAGACUAGAAACGAACUACUACUACUCAGCAACUGAAUGCAUACAAGACUUUAAUCAGAUGUUCACAAAUUGUUACAUUUACAACAAUCCGAAAGAGGACAUUGUACUAAUGGCUCAGGUGUUAGAGAAGCUUUUCCUGCAGAAAGUUGCACAAAUGCCACCCGAGGAAAAAGAAUUAAGUGCACCUCCUAAAAAAACUCCUAAAAUCAAAGUGUCCACACCACGCAAUAUAAAGUCAGCUGUUACUACUUCAGUCCAGCAAGCCUCCUCAAGUACUCCAAACUCUCUGACAUCAACAACAGUAUUUGCACCCAUCUCUUCAGAAGUCAACGCUCCAUCCCCUGCAAAUGUCUCAACCACUGCUUCAGGGUCAGAGCCUGAGGCCAAAACAGCUAUUGCCAGUAGUACAUCUACAUUAGGAGCAAUGAUGGACCAUAACGUAGUCCCUCCAGCUCAACCCACCAAAACAAAGAGAGGUAUUAAAAGGAAAGCAGACACUACUACACCAGUAGUUGUGACAUCCUCUCCAGGAGAUCCACUUUAUGAGCCUAGUCCCAAAGUAGAAAAAAAGAUAAUCAACUCUGUAAACACACCUGUAAUGGCUGCAAAGAUCCCAGCAGUUCGUAGAGAAAGUAAUAGGAAAAUCAUUAAGCCAAAGAGGGAUCUUCCAGAAGAACAGGUAGGUGAAAAGAGCCAGCAUGGUGCCAAGAGCAAAAAGGGUAAAAUGUCAGAGCAGCUUAAAUACUGCAACAAUUUAAUCAAGGAGUUGUUUUCCAAAAAACAUCAGACAUAUGCCUGGCCAUUUUACAAACCAGUGGAUGCUGAUGUAUUGGGGCUUCAUGAUUAUCAUGACAUCAUCAAAAAGCCUAUGGAUCUGGGAACAAUCAAAAAAAAGAUGGAAAGCCGUGAAUAUAAGACAGCAGCUCAGUUUGCUGAGGACAUGAGAUUAAUAUUCACAAACUGCUAUAGGUACAAUCCUUCUGAUAGUGAUGUGGUGGUUAUGGCACGUAAACUUCAGGAUGUGUUUGAAGUGAAAUAUGCCACAAUGCCAGAAGAGACUUUAGAUGCAGGAAAUGGCUUGGAAGAUAGUGACAGUGAUAUUUCAGAUUUACCUGAGUCUGAGUCGGAGGAUGAAGAUAGUGAGGACGAGAGGGAACAAAAAAUCAAGGACAUUACUGAAACGAUAAAAAAUUUACAAGAGCAGCUAGCAAAAUUGACAGAGGAGCAUAUGCAAAAGUUAAAAAUGAAAAAGGAACGCAAAGAAAGUAAAAAGGUAAAGAAAAAGAAGAAGGAUAAACCAAGUGUGAAACCUGUUAUAGGGGAGACAGAGACUCCUUCCUCAAUGCCUGUCACUAGUGUUUCUUCUGUUGUGCCACACCCAGUGGACACUUCAAAACCGGCAAAAACGCCGAAAAACAAAGCAAAUAAAAAAUCUCCAUCAGAAACUAAGAAGAAAAGGACUACUAAUAAAAGUGUAUCUAGUGCAAAGAAAACAAAAAAUUCUAAUUUAAUUGGACAACUGCCUACACAGCCUGUGCCCAUGGACAGUGAUGAUGAAGACAAUGCUAAACCAAUGACAUAUGAUGAAAAGAGACAAUUAAGUUUGGAUAUUAAUAAACUGCCAGGUGACAAAUUGGGUAGAGUUGUGUAUAUUAUUCAGUCAAGAGAGCCGUCCUUACGAGAUUCGAAUCCAGAUGAAAUAGAAAUAGACUUUGAAACUCUCAAACCCUCAACACUAAGAGAACUUGAAAGUUAUGUGAUGUCAUGCUUAAAGAAGAACAAAAGGAAACCAUACACAAGGAAAGAUUCUGGAAAGUCAAGAGAAGAAGCUCAGAAAGAGAAAAAGCAGGAAUUAAAGAAACAAUUGGCAGAUGUGAAAGCACAGUUGGGUGGUGGCACAACAAAUGCCAAAAAACCUAAUAAAAAAGAAGAGAGUGGUACAGUUGAUGUGGUUGGUGGCUCAAGUCGACUGAGUGGCAGCAGUAGUAGUUCAUCAGGAAGUGACAGCAGCAGUUCUAGUGACUCUAGUAGCUCCUCAGACUCCAGUGAUUCUGAGUCAGGAUCACCAGAUAAAAAGACAAAAGGAAAGAAAAACCAAAAACUCAAAUCCCCAGAUAAGGGACAAGGAGCAAAGGUAACCCCAGGAAGCCUUGCUAUGUCACCACCCAUGAAAAUUCAUAUAGGAGGUAGCAACACAGUGAUGGUGUCUCCACAGCCACAAUUGCAGUCCCCUCCACCUCUUGUUCACAAUGCUUCACUUUACUCGGGUCAGCCAAUGAUGCCUACUGCACCACUCACCUCUCAACCUCCUCCACUUUUACAUAGCACUCAGACAACUGGUACAGUCCUUCCCAGCAUCAACAGUCUGCCAACAUCUGUCAUUCAGCCCAAUAUGGCGGCAAUGGAUAUUCCCACAGUACGUCCAAUGACUCAUUCACUUCCACAACAACCUAGUCGACCUAUUGCCGUGGCAACAGCAAAACCGGUUGCUAAAUCUACCAUUCCAGCUGUAAAUCCUCCUCCAAGUUUAGUCAACAAGCCUGCAGUAAUGGCAGUGUCUCCCCCUAUAUCUACACUCUCACCCCAGGAGCAGAAAUAUUAUCCAGAUGCCAGACCAAUUUCACCUCCACUGGGAAUGUCAUUGCCAACCAAUCCUGUUGUCAUGGAUAGACCGAAAGAUCCGGGAGCAGCCAAGUUCUUCAUCAGUGAUGAUGAUUCUAGCAAUAGUCCCAAAACAAGUCCAUCAAAAUCUGCACCCCCAGCUCCCCCUGGGGCCACAGUCUCUGCCAGUGGGGUUGGUGUGUCAUUUGGGGUUGGAGGACCAAGUCAGAUGGGUCAGCAUCAGAUGAAUGAUGUACACAAGAAACCUGAUCUAAGCAAAAGUCUCACCCAGCAAGUCAAAAAGCAGGAUGGUGUGAAGAUGAAAAAUGCAGCCUCCUGGUCAAGUCUAGCUGCUGGUGGUGGAUCAAGUUCUGUAAAGAAAUCGAAUGCUAUGCAGACAUUUGAACUCUACCGAAAGCAAGCCAAAGAGAAAGAAGAAAGGGAAAAGGCUUUUAAAAUCCAAGAGGAACAAAGAAAGAUUUAUAAAGAAACCAUGGAAAGAGAAAGGCAAAGAGAAGAAAGAGAAAAAUUCAGGGAACGAGAAGAAGAGGAAGCUUUAGAAAUGGCAAGAAGAGCUCAACAAGAGCAAGAACGGAGAAAACAGCAAUUAGAAGCAGAGAAAUUGGCAGCUGCAAAAGAGAGGGAAAGAAAGAAGGAGCAGGAAAGACGCAAGCGAGAAGCUAUGGCACACAAAAUAGAUAUGAAUGCACAAAGUGAAAUGAUGGCUGCUUUUGAAGAGACAAUGUAAAGAAGAACAAAUUAGGGACCUUUUGAUUAUUCAAGAAUAUUCACUAUUUUCAUCCACGUCCUGUUUGCAAUGAGAGCCAGUAAUGCCAGUCACUCAAUUCCAAAGCAAGCCAAUAUAUUGCGGUUGUAAAUGUAGUCAAGUUGAAUGCAGAAGUUGUAUAUAUUUUUGCAUGCUAGUAUUUGGCAGGACAGAAUACUUUGACCCCAGUAUUGGUUGUAAAUAUAUUUCAUAUGUUUCCAAUUCUGUGCUGGUUCAUAGAUAUUUCAAUGUUUUAAAUAUUGCUAGACUAUUUAUUUCACAUCAAGUAUUGAUGUGUUACUUAUCUCCUUGUAAACAAUGUUUUUGUUGUUCAACAACAUUAUUUAGUUGCUUACUUGCAGCUUUCUAUUUUCAUCCAUAAUUCAUUCUCUUUAAGGUGACCACACUUAUCUUGUAUAUUUUUUUUUCCAGCAUGCAUAAUAAGUCACCUGAAUUCUUUUCAAUUUUUUUCUUUGCAAUCACUAUAGUUGUGUAGCUGGAGCAAAAAAUAUGCAGCCCAGUACAAAACGUUUGUGUGCAAUCUUCAUGAUAUCAAAAUACCAAGUUAAUUUCCAGAACUUUUGAAGUGAGAGGGUGCUAUAUUUUAUCAUGUUAGUUUAGCAAGAUUAUAAAGAUUUGCAAAUUCAGUAUAUAUAUAUUUUAAGUAAUAAAGUCUUGUGUAUGAACAAUGUAAUUAUGAAAGUGCAUUUUAGUGACAGAUUUAAAAGCUGAAUACUAUGUUUUAAUUUACUAUAUUGGACGUGCAUUGUAUAUUUUUUCAAAAAACAUGUAUAUUAACAUUCUGGUAAAAUUCAUGUAUAGAUUUCCCAAGUGUAAAGUUUAAUAUUGUUUUAACUUGAAUAUUCAUAUGAUUUGAUUUGAUUUUGAAAAAAAAAUAACUAUAUGCUUAUUCUGUUUAAAAAAAAAUGUUUGCCAAAAAAUGCUAUUAUAGAUUAUCAUUUGUUGACAGUAAUUUAUUUAGUAGUUGUGUGUGUUGGUGUAAAUGGAUGUGGUGCAGUAGAUCAUUCGGCGUUUGUACAUAUCAUUGUAAUUUCAUUGAUCUUCGUGCUUAAAGAUUUCUCAUUCUGUACUUAGACAUUUUUUUAUAUGAUCCUUAAUUGUGCUGUUUAUGUGGUUUAUAUAAACUUCAUCAGCUUUUUUGUAGUCAAACAGGUGUUGUAAACAUGUAAAGAACCUUGUGUGUUAAUUUCUUUGGUAAAAAGAAUAAUUAACAGGGGUCUCAUGAUUCAUUCAUUCCCAGUUAUCUUCCAGUUCACAAUUUUUUAUAUUUUAAACUUUCAACAUUUCCUGUAUCUUUCCUAAAAAAAGAGAGUGAGAGUAAAAUAUAAAUAAGAAUUAAAAAAAAAACAAAGAAAAUUUAAAAUUAUAUUGUAUUCCCUGGAGACUGGGAGUAGUAUUUUAUACAAUAUAUUAAAAAACAGGGAAAUUCACAAUACUAUCUCAGUUGCUGAGCAUUGUUCAUUUAGUAAUUGACUUUAGAAUUUCCAGGUAUCAGACAUUAUUGAAACAAUCAAUUGAUCAUUUUUCACUAAUACCUUGCUUACUAUGUACAUGUAUGAUGACUAUCAUUUUUGUUAUGUGGUACAUGUAUGUACAACUAAAUAAAGAUGGCAACAUGACCAGUAUUUUC